AUGACAGACCAAAAAGGAAUACUGUGCGUGAUGACAGCCUACAAGACAGAACCCACAAAUAAUGCUCUAAGCAUCAUAACAGGAGUGACACCCAUACAUCUCCUAGCAGAUAGGAGGGUUUACCUUUACAACAAAAGAGAUGUUACUCAUAACUCUAAAAAAGAAAAGAGACGGGAAAUUUUUAGAAAGUGGUGUAUGGAGUGGGAUAGGGAUGUAGAAACAUGGCAAUGGACCAACAAAUUGAUUAAUAAAUGUCGGGAAUGCCAAUACUUAGAAGACUACUUCCUCACGCAAGUACUAAUGGGCCAAGAAUGUUUCAGGAGUUUGCUAAAGCGAAUGAAAAUUAUAGAAUCCCCAAAGUGCAUCUAUAGCGAAGCAGAAGAUAGUGUGGCCCAUAUGCUCUUCAAGCAUAACAUAUUUUAUAUCCAGAAUAGCCAUGGAACUGGCAAUAGACGAGGACGUACACUGACAAUCUAG